CCGUUCCUGGAAAACUCGGCGGAAACUACCGCCCUUCGCACGGUUAUUCCCCUCGGAACGAGGAAUAAGAACACAAACCGAGAUAUAUCCACCACCCGCCGAAGAAAAGGGGAAUUAGGAGAACAGAGAACAGAGAACAGAGAACGAGAGAGGGAUAAGAGUUUAUUCGCCCCCUUGCGUUCAAUUCCACAGCCUGAUCUCCUCAAGGUCUCCGAUGGAGACGGUGAAGAAUCUCUUGAAGCCGAAGCCAAAUCCGCAGCAGCAGCUCAGGGAUUGGCAGCGCCGCCUCCGGCAGGAGUGCCGCAACAUCGAACGCCAGAUCCGAGAUGUGCAGAGGGAGGAGAAAAAUGUUCAGAAGGCGAUCAAGGAAGCGGCAAAGAGGAACGAUAUGGUCUCGGCAAAGUCUCUUGCUAAGGAAAUUGUGAGAUCGAGACGAGCGGUGAACCGUCUUUAUGAAAAGGCACAACUGAAUUCAAUCUCAAUGCACCUUGGUGAACUUGUUGCAACUGCCAGAACUGUAGGCCAUCUGUCCAAGAGUGCCGAGGUUAUGAAGCUUGUCAAUAGUCUUAUGAAAGCUCCUGAAGUGGCUGUUACAAUGCAAGAAUUUAGCAAGGAGAUGACAAAGGCUGGGGUGAUAGAAGACAUGGUGAAUGAUGCUGUUGAUUCAGCAUUGGACUCAGAGGAUAUAGAGGAAGAAACAGAAGAGGAAGUAGACAAAGUGCUCACUACAAUAGCAGGGGAGACAGCCUUGCAGCUCCCAGAUGCUGUUAGGAGGGAGAGAGCAAAGCAACCUUCAGUAAGUGAGGCUGUUGAAGAGAGAGAAGCUAUUGCUGAGGGUAAUGAUGAUGGAGAAUUAGAAGAGAUAAGAGCACGACUCGCAAGCGUGAGAUCUUGAUCCAUGUAAGAAAGCACUUUCAUAUCAUUUGAAUCAGAUAUGACCUCUUUGUAUGCGGUAAUGCAUGUGUGGCCCUUUAAGAGGAUUUGUACAUGUAGCAAUAUUUACACCUUUAAUACCUACUAUAUAUUUCUCAUAUAGAGGGCAUGUUAUUCUU